AUGGGUGGACUUGAAAGUCACUUUAAAUAUAUUCCAGAAAAGAUGAAAAGUAAAGAUAUACCAACAGCUGUAAAAAAUAAACAUGAAAAUGGUGAUGGUCCAACAAAAAUAUACCGUGAUUUAGGUGGAGUAGUUUCAUUAACAACAAUUAAAUCAUGGAUUCAGAUGCUCAACAAGACCGGAUCUAUCAAUUUAUCAUAUACUCCCGGUCGUCCACGCACAGUUCGAACAAAAGCCAAUAUCUCGAAGGUUAAAUACCGUCUAGUUCAAAAGAAACGGGUGAAAACAAGAUGGUUAGCUGCUAAAUUGGAUAUUUCAAGAACAAGUGCACAGCGAAUAUUACGUGAAAAUCUUGGUUGUUUUUCAUACAAGAAAAUCAAACAACCAAAAUUGGCUGGUCUUCGAAAAAGGAAGAGGGUUAAAUUUGCCAAUUGGGUGUUAAAUAAUUAUACCAAGGAAGACACCAAAAAAUGGCUUUUUACUGAUGACAAAUAUUUUGAUUUAGAUGGUGUAUACAAUGUUCAGAAUGAUCGUAUAUGGGCGGUCAGUAGGGAAGAGGCAGAUAAAGAAGGUGGUAUACAUCAAAAAACAAAAUUUCCAACAAAGGUGAUGGUAUGGCUUGGUGUAUGUAGUGAAGGUUUAACAACACCAGUGAUUUUUGAAGAUGGUACUAUGGAUGCGGAAAUGUACAUUAAAGAAGUUCUUCCAGUAGCUCGUAAAUGCGGCAACAAUAUGUUAGGAAACCACUGGACAUAUCAACAAGAUGGAGCAAAACCUUACAUACAUCAUCUGACUCAAGAGUGGUGUGCUAAUCCUGAUCAUGUUCCUGAUUUUAUUUCGGAGGAUCGUUGGCCACCAAAUUCGCCUGAUUUAUGUCCAUUGGGUUACAGUUUAUGGAAUGAACUAGCUAAAUCUAUGGACUGGAAGAACAUCACAACAAAGGCAACAUUGAUAGGCGAAAUAAAACGUUCUGUCAAAAAAAUUGAAAAAGAAAAACUUUACAUUCUGUACUUGAUUUUACUAUACGAUUACGUUUAA